AUGCUGCGAUUCAGAUCUGAUGACAUACUGUCAAAGAAGAAAAGUGAAUAUAGAAAUCGAUUAGUAUUUUGUCACUUGGACCACAACCAACUCCUUUUUUAUAACACCUACGUUUUUACGACUAUUCAUGCUUUCGCUCUGAAGCUUAGAACUAAAGAGCGCGACUUCAGAAAUCAUUUGGGAUUUCUCAGUUUCAAGCUAUGA